GUGUUUGAGGCAUAAGAUAAUUUUUAUAAUGUUGUAAGGCAUUAUUUUAAGAAGGUUGCAAGCCUCUUCCGAAAUGUGUGCGGCUGAGAACACAGCGGGGUGUGUGAAGAAGUGAAAUUAAUUUAAGAAGGCACACGUGGACAGGGACUGCUGCCAGCCACGAUGGACCCUUUACGGAACAGUCUGUCAGACAUGCCUGCUUAUGAAAACACAGAGGAUGAGCAGUUUCCACCUCUCUCACCCCCCCUCUCCCCCAGGGACGGGGACCCCUUUGCAACUGAUCUGUUUUUAGAUGACGAUCCUGGAGAGGUGUCAAAGCUUGAUGAAGCUCCAGUAGCCAAAAGGAGGUCUGUGAAGAGACCACAGCCAAAACUGGAUUCACAAAGGUUGACUUCUGAAAGGGGACUUCCAGCACUCCGAACCAUGUUCAACAAUGUAAGAUUCAAAGGCAAAGGACAUGAGGCUGAAGACCUGAAAGUCGUCAUGCAGCACAUGGAGCACUGGGCUCACAGACUGUACCCUAAACUACAGUUUGAGGACUUCAUCGAUAAGCUGGAGGUUUUAGGAAAUAAAAAAGAAGUUCAGACUUGCCUCAAACGAAUAAGACUGGAUAUGCCACUUACACAUGAUGACUUCAUGACUAAAGAUGAUGCAGUUGAGGACGAGGAGCUUAAUAGGUCAGCCCAUCUGUUUGAAGACUCGGAGCCCUUUUUCAGUGAAGGUCAGAGCGUGCCAGUGGUCCAGUCAACUCCCAGUGCCAGCAGCACCCUGACAGAGGAGCAGAGGCAGCGAAUCGAGUGCAACAAGCAGCUGGCCUUGGAGAGACGCCUGGCCAAACUGCAGCAGGACAACAGCCAGUCGCGGAUCAGUAAUGGUGUUUCAGCUCAGCCUCCUGUUACACAGAGCAAUCCUGCCAAACCCACAGAUUCAGACGAGCUGGAUAGUGAAUUGGAACUGGAGUCUCUUGACUUGGACACUGUGAUGGUGAAACACACUAACUCCACCUGUGAACAAGGCUGGGAGCUGAAGGAAGGAGCCGCCCCGGUAUGUGCAGAUUCUCUGAAGGAAGGUGAUGCCCCGGUAUGUGCAGAUUCUCUGAAGGAAGGUGAUGCCCCGGUAUGUGCAGAUUCUCUGAAGGAAGGUGAUGCCCCGGUAUGUGCAGAUUCUCUGAAGGAAGGUGAUGCCCCGGUAUGUGCAGAUUCUCUGAAAGAAGGUGAUGCCCCGGUAUGUGCAGAUUCUCUGAAGGAAGGUGAUGCCCCGGUAUGUGCAGAUUCUCUGAAGGAAGGUGAUGCCCCGGUAUGUGCAGAUUCUCUGAAGGAGUCUGCAAGCACUGAGGAGGUUUCUGCCUCUGUACCAGAAGACCAGCAGAAAGUAAACGGUAUAGCACAAGACACUGAUUGAUCUUACUGUGUGUGGUGUAAAGUGAAAUGGACAUCUUGACAGCAAAGUUGCAAAGAAUUGUAUUGGACUGCUUUGGGGCAGGUAUUGCAGUUAUAACAAUAUAUUGUUUCCAGGGAUUAAACAAGACUUUUUUUUUUUUUUUUUUU